AGUCACAGCUGCCUCAUGGGCCUGGGGGCUGCUGCGCUUCCAGAACAGGCAGGGUGGCCAGGGAGGGGAUGUCUGUCCAGCCAUGCUGCUGCAGCCCUGGGAUGGAAGGGGUGUAAGGAGCAAACUGUCGCUGGAGGUUUCCGUGCCCUCCAGAGCUGUCUGCCUCGGGCCCGGGCGGUGAGGAGGAGGCUGGGGCAGGGCCGGCCAAGAGCUCAGGAGCAGGGGGACUCCGGCAGCCCUGCCCUUGUCCCUGGCUCGCUGUGCCUGGAGAGCUGCCCUGCAGGGCAGCAGCAGCCCCGUCCUUGUCCCGGGGCUGCCGGGGGUCACCCGAGCUGGACGUGGAGCUCGGCGCUCCCGGGCUGCCGGGUCCCAUUGCCAUGGCCACGCCGGCGGGAGCGAUGCUCGGGGACCCUCCGCGGUCGGGCGGCGAGCGCUGGGCUGUCCGGAGGAAGGCCCGGGGCUGCCCCCCCGCAGCAGGCAGUGUCUCCCCGCAGCGGGCAGUGCCCCCCCGCGGGCCCCAGAGCCGCGGGGCGGCUCCGCGCCUUCGUCCCGGGGGGCCGGUGCCGGCCCUGGAGCGCACUCCGGACGGGGCGGGGGCCCUGGGGGGAUCGGCCCAUCCCGGGGCGGUGGGCGGGGGGCGCGGUGCCCGUCCUCCCCGUACCGGCUGCGGGGCCGGGCCGCUCGGCGCGGGCUGGGGCAGCGGGGCGGCCCCUGACACUCGGGCACGGCGCGGGGCGGGCCGGGGCGGAGAGGGGCGGCACGGCUCGGCUCGGCUCGGCUCGGCCCCGCCGACACUCGGCUGGACGCUCUCGCUCGGCGCUACCGGAGCCGCGCAGCCCGCGGGGACGAGAGGGUCCGGCUGCCAUGGGGAGCUGCGGCACGUGGGCAGGUCGGGAGCUGCUGGUGCUGCUGAGCGGCAUGUGGCUCUGCGCCGCCCAGCCCACCCCCCCGGGCCCCACGCGCAGCCCCGCGCCCCCGCUCAAGUUCCGCCUGGCCGGGUACCCACGCAAGCACAACGAGGGCCGUGUCGAGGUCUUCUACAACGACGAGUGGGGCACCAUCUGUGAUGACGACUUCACGCUGGCCAACGCGCACGUGCUGUGCCGGCACCUCGGCUUCGUGGCUGCCACCGGCUGGGCCCACAGCGCCAAGUACGGCACAGGCGUUGGGCGAAUCUGGCUGGACAACCUGAACUGCGCUGGAGGUGAGAAGAGCGUCGGGGAUUGUAAACACCGGGGCUGGGGGAACAGCGACUGCAGCCAUGAGGAAGAUGCGGGCAUCAUCUGCAAGGACGAGCGCAUCCCAGGCUUCAAGGACUCCAACGUCAUCGAGACAGAGCAGAGCCACGUGGAGGAGGUCCGGCUGCGGCCCGUGGUGUCCAGCGCCCGCAGGCAGCUGCCUGUGACCGAGGGCAUCGUGGAGGUGCGCUACAAGGACGGCUGGGCGCAGAUCUGCGACCAGGGCUGGGACAGCCGCAACAGCCGCGUCGUCUGCGGCAUGAUGGGCUUCCCCGCGGAGAAGAAGGUCAACAGAAACUUCUACAAGCGGCUGAAACGCGCGGCCAGGAUGAAGGGCCGGAGCGCCAGGCCGGGCAGCAGGCGCAGCAGGCUGGCCAACAAAUCUCAGCCUAAACAAAAGCACAGGGAGGACGUAGGGUUCAAGAAGAGGCUCUUCAUGGAGCGGCAGCAGCUCAACUACCGCCUGCACUCGGUGUCCUGCAUGGGGACGGAGGUUCACCUCUCCAUGUGCAGCUUCGAGUUCUACCGCGGCAAUGCCUCGGCCGCCUGCGCCGCCGGCACGCCAGCCGUCGUCAGCUGCGUGCCCGGGCCCCUCUUUGCCACCGGCAACGGGCACAAGAAGAAGCAGCGCCAGCAGCAGCAGGGCCAGCCGCGGCUCCGGCUGAAGGGCGGCGCGAAGGUGGGCGAGGGCCGCGUCGAGGUGCUCAAGAGCAGCGAGUGGGGCACGAUCUGCGACGACCGCUGGAACCUGCUGUCGGCCAGCGUGGUGUGCCGCGAGCUGGGCUUCGGCAGCGCCAAGGAGGCCCUCACUGGCGCACGCAUGGGCCAAGGGACGGGGCCCAUCCACAUGAACGAGGUGCAGUGCCUGGGCACCGAGAAGUCCCUGUGGAGCUGCCCCUUCAAGAACAUCACGCAGGAGGACUGCAAGCACACGGAGGAUGCGGCCGUCCGCUGCAACGUCCCCUACAUGGGCUACGAGAACCUGAUUCGGCUGAGCGGGGGCCGGAGCCGCUUCGAGGGGCGGGUCGAGGUGGCGGUGGGGGCUGCGGACGGGGAGCAGCCGCGCUGGGGUCUGGUCUGCGGCGAAGGCUGGGGCACGCUGGAGGCCAUGGUGGCCUGUCGCCAGCUGGGGCUGGGCUUCGCUAACCACGGCUUACAAAUCCGCCUGGCCGGCGGGAGGACGGCGUUCGAGGGCCGUGUGGAGGUGAAGCGAGGCAGUAAGUGGGGCACGGUGUGCAGCGAUGGCUGGACCACCAAGGAGGCCAUGGUGGCCUGUCGCCAGCUUGGCCUGGGCUACUCCCUGCAUGCGGUGACGGAGACGUGGUACUGGGAUGCCAGCAACGUGACGGAGAUGGUGCUGAGCGGGGUGAAGUGCGCUGGCCACGAGAUGUCCCUGAGCCACUGCCAGCACCACGGCACCAGCGUCAACUGCAGGAACACGGGCACGCGCUUCGCCGCCGGCGUCAUCUGCUCUGAGACCGCCUCCGACCUGCUGCUGCAUGCGCCGCUGGUGCAGGAGACGGCGUACAUCGAGGACCGGCCGCUGCACAUGCUGUACUGCGCGGCCGAGGAGAACUGCCUCUCCAGCUCGGCGCGCACGGCCAACUGGCCCUACGGGCACCGGCGCCUGCUGCGCUUCUCCUCGCAGAUCCACAACAACGGCCGCGCCGACUUCCGACCCAAGGCCGGCCGGCACUCCUGGGUCUGGCACGAGUGCCACCGGCACUACCACAGCAUGGACAUCUUCACCCACUACGACAUCCUGACCCCCAACGGCACCAAGGUGGCCGAGGGACACAAGGCCAGCUUCUGCCUCGAGGACACCGAGUGCGAGGAAGACGUGGCCAAGCGGUACGAGUGUGCCAACUUCGGCGAGCAGGGCAUCACUGUGGGCUGCUGGGACCUGUACCGGCACGACAUCGACUGCCAGUGGAUCGACAUCACCGACGUCAAGCCCGGCAACUACAUCCUGCAGGUCGUGAUCAACCCCAACUUUGAGGUGGCAGAGAGCGACUUCACCAACAACGCCAUGAAAUGCAACUGCAAGUACGACGGACAUCGCAUCUGGGUCCACAGCUGCCACAUCGGCGACGCGCUCAGCGAGGAGGCCAGCAAGCGGUUUGAGCAGUACCCCGGUCAGCUCAACAACCAGAUUUUGUAGGGCCCAGCCCUGCGGAGACGGGCGCCUCCCUCACCGCGCAGACCAGGAAGCUGCCGGGGCCCGCGCGGAGGCCUCGGGCCGGCACCGCCGUGCGCUGCCCAGGGCUCACGUCGCCGGCAGCCGCUCCCACUGCGGAGCUGGUGCUGGAGGCGCCGCACGCCCACGCCUCCCGGCCUGGGGCCACCACCAGACCGCUGGCCAGAGGCUCCGUGCCCACGUCCCAGGGCUGUGGAACAUGGGACAGGCCUAUGCCCUACCCGCACUGUCCUGCUCUGGUCCCCAUCCCUGCCAUCCCAACUGCAUCCCCCUUCCGGCUCCCCCGUUCUCCCGGUUCCUCUCACCCCAUGGCCCCCAGGGCUCUGCCCUCAGCGCCAGGACACACGCGGCCCACGUGGGACUCGCCCCCUGCCCGACCCGCAGAGCCCCAGGAGCCCCCCGAUCCGGGACGGCGCGGCCGCCCCUGCCCCAGCAGCACUGUCCCCUCCGGCUGCGCACCAGCGGCCCCACGCCCAGCUCUUAGCUGUAAUUUUAUUUUCUCCAUAAAGUUGUCGGUUCUGUUUC